AUGGUCGAUGAUGGCGAGGACUUGGACUAUCAUGGCCAUCUCAAGUCGUCGCGGCAGGGGGACCGAGGCUUUACGAAGAAUGAUCGGCAGGAUAUGAAGAGGAUGGGGAAAGAGCAGGAAUUGAGGAGAAACUUCAGAGGCCUGUCGACAAUCGCUUUUACUGUCAUUCUACAAGGAACGUGGGAAGUGCUGUUGGCGGCGUCUUAUCAAGGCAUGUACAGUGGUGGGCUGGCGGGCUUGUUCUGGUCAUACAUUUGGACGUUUAUCGGCUUCUCGCUUGUCGUUGUCAGCUUGGCUGAGAUGGCGUCAAUGGCACCGACUAGUGGAGGACAGUAUCACUGGGUAUCUGAGUUUGCUCCUCCCAAGUAUCAGAAACUCCUCUCCUACUUCACCGGUUGGAUGUCAACCCUCUCAUGGCAGGCAGGAACAGCUUCUGGACCUUUUCUGGUGGGCACGCUCAUACAAAGUCUGGCAUACAUCAACCACCCCGAAUAUAGCGCGACUAACUGGCAAGGCACUCUCUGCGUGUGGGCCAUUACUCUGAUCGUACUUCUCGGCAACGUCUAUGGAGGAAAUGCCAUGCCAGUCUUUCAAAAUCUGAUGCUCAUAUUGCACGUUUUCGGAUUCCUCACCAUCAUAGUCUGCAUCUGGGUCCUGGCACCACGAAACUCCGCAGAAGUGGUCUUCACUCAAUUCUACAACGGCGGCAACUGGUCUUCGAUGGGCCUCGCUCUUAUGGUUGGCCAGAUUUCCGCCAUCUACGCUUGCAUUUGUAGCGAUGCUGCGGCACACAUGUCAGAAGAGAUCAAAGACGCAGGCCGCACAGUCCCGAAAGCGAUGAUAGGCUCCUACGUCCUAAACGGUGGCCUCGGAAUCGUCUUUCUGGUAACAUUCCUCUUCAGCGUCGUAGAUCUCGAAGGCGCUCUCAACGACGAAACCGGCUACCCAUUCCUCUACGUCUUCAAAAACGCCUUCUCCCUCCCCGCCGUCAACGCCCUCGCCUCAAUCGUCAUAAUCCUAAUCUUCGCCGGAACCCUCUCCUACAACCUCAGCACAUCCCGCCAAACCUGGUCUUUCGCCCGUGACCAAGGCCUCCCCUUCUCGAAUUGGCUCGCAAAAGUCAACGUCAACCUCGAAGUCCCCGCGAACUCCGUCAUCUUCACCUGCGGCUUUACCAUCGUCCUCUCCUUCAUCAACUUCGGCUCCGACGUGGCUUUCAACGCCAUCAUAUCCCUAAACCUCGUCUCCCUGAUGAUCACAUAUCAGAUCUCCAUCGCUUGCGUUCUAUAUCGACGCAUCUACCAACCGGAACUUCUCCCCAAAGCGAGAUGGAGUUUGGGGAAAUGGGGUGUUGCGAUUAAUUCUGGGGGUUUGGCGUAUAGUACUUUUUGCUUCUUUUGGUGUUUCUGGCCGAAUGUGUAUCAGCCCAGUUUGGUGGAUUUCAAUUGGAGUGUGUUGAUGUUCAUUGUUGUGGCGAUAAUCGCGGCGAUUGAUUGGGUUCUCAGGGCGCGACAUGUGUAUAAAGGACCAGUCGUACUUGUCGAGGGAUGGAGGGAGCAGUAG